GAGAGGGGGAGGUGAAGACAGCCAGGGAAGCUGCAUCUCCGCCAGGCUGCUUCCCUUCCUCCUUGUUUUUUCUCAGCCAGAGUAGUUUGGCAAACACGCUCCGGGUGCCUCCGAGGCCGUCUCGCAACGCCCAGGAGAGUGGGGUGUAACGUUGGUGGCCAGACACCUGGCCCUCCACUAGCCCUGCUGGCACAGUCCCAGGACAGGACAUGUCAAGCUGCAGCACCCCUGGGGGCCCCACUGCCCUGGACUUUCCGGAAGUCCUGAAGUCCCUACUGGAGUAUUCCUUGCCCUGGACCAACAAGAUGACAGAUAAAGAGAAGGAGAAAAUAAAGCUUGAAGAAGAUGAGGCAGCAGCUGCCAGCACUAUGGCAGUCUCAGCUUCCCUCAUGCCACCCAUUUGGGACAAAACUAUUCCUUAUGAUGGCGAGUCUUUCCACCUGGAGUACAUGGAUCUGGAUGAGUUCCUGCUGGAAAAUGGAAUUCCUUCCAGCCCUACUCACCUGGAUUUGAACCAGAAUCCUCUCUUGCCUGUGGCUGAGCUGGAAGGGAAGGAAUCUGCUGGUGCUUCCACUGGUUCUCCUGCAUCAUCCUCUUCCACUGCAGUUUACCAGCAAUCUGAAGCAGCCUCUAGCACAGAGUCCCCACCACAAAAUGAGAGAAAUACACCCAGCCCCAUUGAUCCUGACUGCGUAGAAGUUGAGGUGAAUUUUAACCCAGACCCUGCUGAUUUAGUGCUGUCCAGUGUGCCUGGUGGUGAGCUCUUCAAUCCUCGCAAACACAAGUUUACUGAAGAGGACCUGAAACCACAACCUAUGAUUAAAAAGGCCAAGAAGGUUUUUGUCCCAGAUGAGCAAAAGGAUGAAAAAUACUGGACAAGGCGAAAGAAGAACAAUGUGGCAGCGAAGCGUUCCCGUGAUGCUCGGCGAUUAAAGGAGAAUCAGAUCACAAUUCGGGCAGCCUUUCUUGAGAAAGAAAAUACAGCCCUGAGGACGGAGGUGGCAGAGCUGCGCAAGGAAGUGGGACGAUGCAAGAACAUUGUUUCUAAAUACGAGACCAGAUACGGACCCUUUGACUUAUCUGAUUCCGAGUGAUGCAACUUUAAAGACUUUUAAAAACAAAGAAACUAAAAAGCACACAUGAAUCGCCAGUCUUCAGAGUGAGCAGUGAAAUCUAUGAGGUGUCCCAACACAAACAACUGAUGAUGACCCUGCCUGCCUCCUUGCCUGCAAGUACCCCAUCUGACUACCCAGGGCUGGGCAUGAUGAAAAGUGCAAAGUCUCCUUAAUUCUGUAUAUGGCUUUCUUAUCUGUCUUUCUCACUGUAACUAUGAACUACAAUAAGCUUACCUACUGGGGUUUUGUCAAGACACUCAAAGUUCAUGUCUCAAAGUCUGUUGACAGCCUGUGUGAAUAGUUUUGGCACUCGAGUGGAAGAAGAGGGAGUUUUAAAUGAAAAUGUCUGUAUAUAUAAAGAACUGCUAUAUUUUAAGACUCUUUUCCCUGCAGUAUAAUGAAUUUUAUUUAAUACUGCGGCUCACUUCUGGUGCAGUGUAGCGUAUUGUGGAGUACUGUGAGUGCAGAACUAAAGACACCAGGAAGACAGCAGCUGUAAUGUGUGAGACUUCAGUGCAGAAGAUUACAACAGAUGUACUGAAAUAAUACAGAAAGCACCACAGUGUGCCAUACAGAGAGUAAUAAACCUCUAUCAAAUGACCCACGUAACAGUAAACCACGUCCGUCGCUUUCCUGCUCCACAGCUACACUGCUGUAACCUGCCUUUUCCUUUAUUUCGUUUAUAAGGCUCACUUUCUUUUAUGGUAUCUUGCUGAAACAGGUUCUAUUCUUCUGCUAACGAUUUAGCAAUCAUGGAAAAGGUGCUAUUCUGAGUUGCUGAUCUCCAAGUCUUUUGGCAAUCUGAAACUACCAAAUGAGUAUUAGCUCCAGGAAAACAAUAGCUAUUAGCUGCCAUAUUACAAUUUUCUGUCUCUUGACUGCAGGACAACUGUGGUGCUGAAGGUGAAACAGCCAAUGAUAUCCCACAGUUACAAUGGGCAGCUUAAGUGUAAGGACCCUUGUGCCGGUGUGGGAGGGUAAUGAAAGCUUGGAUGGAGUUUGGAGAUGUUUCUUGUGUUUAGAAGAUGUAGGAAGUAGGUGGAAGUUCUGUUGUAACAGUUUCAUCAGCAUAACAAAGAUCUGCUCUUAUAUUAAGAAAGCUUGAGAGCUAAAUCUGUGUGGAAAGAACAAGAGUACUUACUUUCUAGGAAAGGAGUACAGGGCCAUGCUUGUAGCCAAAAUGGAGCUUGUAAGACAGGAGUGUGUUCAUGCCUGGAGAUUGAUGAAUAGCAUACAACUCAAGAAAAAUAAUCUUGAAAGCUUUCUGAAGCACAAGUGCCAAAAUUUUGAGGCAUGACUAGUUACCAGCAUAGCUCAGUGCUAUCAUAUUGAACAAUUAUUUUGACUUUGUGUUUAUUCAAGAAAUUCCACCCCUAAUUUCAGAGCAGAAACGGAAAGAGAGAAAUGUGAGAAGCAGCAGAUGAUAUUGUAAGAUUAAUUAAAAAAAAUAAAUUCAAAAGCCAAGAUAACCAGUGUUUGCCAGCAUAACCUUUGUACAGAACUUAUAUAUUAAAUGUAGUUUUUGACCUAUCAUUUUUAAUGGAUGAUGUACUGAAGUCAAGAAAGUUUUUAACUUUUUGCUGGUUACCAAAGUAUACCUAUGACUGUAUUAUUUGGGAUUAUAAAGAUCUGAGAUAACCUUGGGAUAUUUUUAUCAAAUAGAUGAAUAUCUUAGUUCCAUGUUGCUGAAAUGGCAGCAUAUAUCUCUGCCUGUAAUCAGUAUUGCUGAUUUGGACUGAUAUUUUCGGUAUGUAGUGAUUUUUGCUUUAUUUUGGUGAUAAAGGCCCAAACCAUGGAUAAAAAAAAAAAAAAAGCAACAAAAUAAGCAACCAUGACAGCAUGUAAAUGUAGCAACUUUUUUUCAUUUUCAUCAAAUUUAUAAUUUCUAAAUUUUCAGUUAGCUCUGGCUGUUCUUAAAUGUCAUGCUUCCUGUUUAAAUCAAAGCCAAAAGCUAAAUAAUUGGGCAAGGAGUUGCUUUAUUUGGAUCCUACUAUGCUUAGGAAUAUCUUUUAAAUACUUACAUAUUGUGUACAGGAUUUGGUUUUGCAGUGUGUCAUGACAACAGCAAAAUAUUCAGUCAGUGAGAUUAGCAUGUGCAAUUCUGUUAUUUUAUUUCUGUUAUCUUAAAAGCUUACACAAUGGAAACUAACAGUGAAUGUUCAUUAGAUCUUUCUUUCAGAGAAGACUGUUAGCAAAUAUUUGUGCUUCCCUGUAGGACAAUGCAGAUUUGCACAAUCUGUGAUUUAUAUGUCUACGGGUUGCAAAACUGGAAAAUCGCACUUCAGGGUGAGUGCGGCUCAACUUUUGCAGCUAGAGAAUUUGUUGUUGUUGUUAAGAAGCAGUAUCUUUAAAGAUAGAUGAGAAGGUAGUAACUAUUUAAAGGAGUGCAGCUAUUGCCAGCAAAAAACACUGUGCAAUGCUGAAUUCCUUUCUCAGUUUUUGCAGUCUCAGGAAGUUAAGUUUAUUGCUCCAGAACUCUCUGCUCCUCUCGGAAUGAUUCGCUAUAUCAUUUUGUUUCUUUGACAAGGAUGACAAUCCUAUCUGUGAGUGAUAACUUGGGUAUGUUUUCUUAGUGAUCAUAAGAAGACCAAUAUUAUUUUAGCUCAAUUUGAAUAUUAAAAGAUGCUGAAUUGACACUGUUAGGGUCUGAAGUUCUCUAGCCUUGGAACAUACUCUGUAGAGGCCAUAAGUGUGCCUAAUGCCAACCUACCCCAUUCCAGCCACAAAGGGACCAUCUCCAAGGGGAGAGAAUAAAGGGCAUGUGCACCUUUCAGCAUCACUGCAGGGAUUGCCAGGAAAGAGAGCAGUUUAUGACAGCGCUGUACUUUCAUUAGAAAGUGGAUUGACACCACAUGGCCAUUUCAUACUAACUUUAAAAGUAUAUACAAUGUGGAUGAGAUUUGUGGACAACGAGUGUUGUUUUACUCUACAGAAGACAGCAGCUAUGAAUAAAUGAUGUGCAAUAUUUAAUACAGUAUUGCUUUCAUAUAUGAUGAUCCAAUCUACAUGUAGUGGGUUUGUGUCUAAAAAUUCCAAAAAGCUUAAUCUUUCACCUGUUGCCAAGAUCUGCUCCCACUGAAGCUAGUAACAAAGAUCUCAUUAACUCCCACGGGAAAAAGUCUUUACUCUUAUGUGGUCAUUGUAAAGUUUUAGCAACUGCUGGAGUCAUGGGUGUCUUUGCUUUACUCUGAAGCAUUCUGUGCUGGGAUCAGGUGGAUAAAUCUGAGAUUGCAGGUGUAGUGUUGGUAAACUGAUCCUGAUGGUUUUGAUAUUCAGAUAAUCUGAAUUCUGCUUGCAUUUUUUUUUUGGUCCUGCAUGGACAGAGUGAAAAAGUAGUGUACUUGUGUUGGAGAAUAAAUGUUUUUGGGUUGUUUGGUUUUUUGCUAAGCAGCUUUUUGUAGUAACAUUUUAUGUGUUUUCUGACAGUUCUCCAUUUCCUUGCUGUGCUGUUUGAAAGCCCAAGGUGUUCGAACUAGAAAUCACUUUCAGCAUUAUCUGCAGGCCUGCUACUAAUUGUACCAAACCCAUUUCAAGUUGGGAGGUGCAGUGGAAGGCCAGCAGCUUUGGGAAUACUAUAAUAAAACCACUUACAUGGAAAAAAAAAUAAUUUGUAGAUAUUAAAAAUAAUGGACCUGCACACAGGAGAAUAUUGCUGCUUCAGUAUUGUAGGCCACCUGAGCAUAGAAGGGCUUUGUUCCUUGUGAUCAGGUGCUUUCAUUUUUAGUGAGAGAGAAGGUAUCUUGGACCUUUGUAAAAUCCAGAUAGGCUCUUGUUCACCUUUCUAGUUUUGGCUGCUAAGCACAAGAUGAGAAAUGUAAAUUUAUUUUAGUGCAUAAAUCUCAUAUUUUUGGCAACAUACACCUAAAUCCAUAAAGACCAAAUCAUUUGUUAGUGCUAGCGUUUUGCCUUUGCAGCACUACAAGACUCUGACUGGCUUUCUAGAUCUUCAGAUAAUUACUCUGGUGUGUAUAUCUGCCACUGUAACAUGGUGAAGAUAGCUAAACUCACAGUUGAAGACUGAGAGAAAGGUAGAAAGAAUAGGCUUAACUAAAUAUCUGUAGAGAUGCUAACAUAAUGUUAAUUGAGAAAUUACAGUGAUUUAACUCAUGAUGCUGCAAAUUGUCAUACAGAUAUAAUUUGUUAGUUUGAUAGCCUGCUAUCUGUCGUGAGUCACUUUUGGAACAGAAACUUCUUGAAGUUCAGACACCUGCAGGGAAAAAGGAAUCCUUUGAGGAAGAUAAAUAUAUAGACAUAGA